CAUUUUCUUUUCACACCUCCGUUUCAAAGGCAGCCAACCAGCAGUCGGACUACAAACACACGGUUUCAUUGAGAAAACUCCACAAAAACACGCAAACUUCCUAACGCGCCGCCGGAAAGCCGCUGCAAGUGCGACUCGGAGGCCGCUGCUCAGUGGGACGCGAAGGAGCGUGUGUAUUUUUCUCUGGAGGUGAAGAAGAGGGUCUGAAGCGAUCAUAAUUAUGGCGACCGCAACCCCGAGCCGCGCGUCGGCCGCCCAGACGCCGCUGAGCCCCGCGCGGAUCUCCCGCCUGCAGGAGAAAGAGGAGCUGCGGGCGCUCAACGACCGCCUGGCCGUGUACAUCGACCGCGUGCGGGCGCUGGAGCUCGAGAACGACCGGCUGCAGUUUAAAGUGUCCGAGAAGGAGGAAGUCACGACCAGAGAGGUGUCUGGGAUCAAGUCUCUAUAUGAGGCUGAACUGGCUGAUGCUCGCCGUGUGCUGGACGAAACCGCUCGCGAGCGCGCUAAACUUCAGAUCGAGCUAGGAAAAGUCAACUCUGAGCUUGAGGAGGUCACUCGCAACUAUAAGAAGAAGGAUGGCGAUCUGGCUGCGGCUCUGGUGCGCAUUAAGGAUCUGGAAGCGCAGUAUAAUAAGAACGAAGCUGCGCUGAACACGGCGCUGAGCGAGAACGGCUCUCUGAGCGCUGAACUGGCUGAUCUCAAGGCUCAACUCGCCAAGGCUGAAGAUGCUCAUGGAGUGGCGAAGAAGCAGCUGGAGGUGGAGACUCUGAUGAGGGUGGAUCUGGAGAACCGCUGCCAGAGCCUGACGGAGGAGCUGGAGUUUAGGAAAAGCAUGUUUGAUGAGGAGGUGCGCGAGACUCGGCGGCGUCAUGAGAAGCGUAUAGUGGAGGUGGACUCCGGCAUGCAGCAGGACUACGAGUUCAAGCUGUCGCAGGCGCUGCAGGAUCUGCGCAAACAACACGAGGAGCAGGUGCAGAUCUACAAGGAGGAGCUCCAGCACACCUUCAAGGCCAAGCUGGAUAAUGCUAAGGUGUCAUCUGACCUAAAUGAUAAAGCGGUGCUGACGGCGCGUGAAGAACUGCAGGAGGCUCACGUGAGGAUUGAGGGUUUGAGUUACCAGCUCAGCGCCCUGCAGAAACAGGCGUCCGCCGCAGAGGAGCGCAUCCGCGAGCUGGAGGGCCUGCUGUCCAGCGACCGGGACAAAUACCGCCGCCAGCUGGACGCUAAAGAGCGCGAGAUGGCGGAGAUGAGGGAGUGCAUGCAGCAGCAGCUCAACGAGUACCAGGAGCUGCUGGACGUCAAACUGGCCCUGGACAUGGAGAUCAACGCCUACAGGAAACUGCUGGAGGGGGAGGAGGACAGGCUCAAGCUGUCCCCCAGUCCAUCCUCCAGGGUGACUGUGUCCCGCACCACAGCGAGCAGCACCUCUGCAUCCUCACGGAGCUCUCGCGCCAAGAGGAAGCGUGUGGAACUGGAGGAAUCAUCCACCGCCGGCCCCAAAGUGCAGAUCAGUCAGCAGGCUGAAGCCACCGGCAGCGUCAGCAUUGAGGAGAUCGACCUGGAGGGCAAAUCUGUGACCCUCAGGAACAACUCUGACAAGGAUCAGUCUCUGGGCAGCUGGCGACUAAAGAGACAAAUUGAAGACGGAGAGGAAAUUACCUAUAAAUUCAGCCCCAAGUUUGUCCUGAAGGCCGGUCAGACAGUUACAGUGUGGAGCGCUGAUGCUGGCGUGUCCCAUAGUCCUCCUUCAGACCUGCUGUGGAAGAGCCAGAGCUCCUGGGGCACUGGAGAAAACACCCUCACCCUAUUGGUCAAUUCAAGUGGAGAGGACGUGGCAAAGCGAACCGUCACAAAAAGUGUGAUAGAAAUGGAGAAUGGUGACGAUGAGGAGGGAGACUUUGGAGAUGAAGACCUUUUCCAUCAGCAGGGCGAUCCAAAGACUCAAAGAGCCAGAGAAUGUGCAGUGAUGUGAUGGAGCCGUGCACCUUUUAGUAUUUCCCCUUUCCCACAAUUCAGUCUUUUUGUAGAGCCACUACUUUUUGUAUUCUUUGAUCAUGAGCGCAUAACAACCCUCCCUCGACCCUUUAUUUUCUACACGGACCUCAUUUGUAAAGCCAGUUAAUCUUCAGCUGUUUUUCAGCUCCUCAAUAAUAGUUUUUCCAGACAGCAAGAAUGACGGAAACUUCACAUAAUGCGCAGUCAUCGGAGAAUAAGUUAAAUGACCUGAAAUUAGAGUAUUUGUGCGCGCCGGUGACUGAGGAAUCUGCGUAUCCAUUGGUCAUUGCGGGGAUAUGAAUGGGUGAAUAUGUUCUGUAGUGCACUAUAUAGCUUGUAACUGACAGCUGUCGCUUUAGCACACCCCUUGUUUUCGCUUUGCUAACCAGAUUAACAGGGUGGAAACUUUUACAGGAUUACUCCCAUUAUUAAACAUUUAGGGCUCGGAUACAAUUUGCAGUGUUUGAUUAAUGCUUAACGUAGUGUUAUUUGUGUUUAAAUCAGUGAUUUUUGAAUGUUAAUAGACCCCCAUCAUAACCUUAAUAGUUGAGUGUUCAUUUGAAUGUUAGCUAGCUAAUGAGUAACCAGAACAGUACUUUCUGAUGAGUAUAGUGUCAAGAUGGAAUGGAUAUCAAUGAGCUACUUCAGUAUUUUAACGUUUAUUUGGAUAUUCUGAAAACUGUUUGAAUAUUAAAAGAUAAGUAUUUGAUAGUUGAGAACUAUUUGAAUAUUCCUAAAUUAAAAUUUUUUGAAUCUUGUUAAUCCAAAAUCUGUCUGAAUAUACUAUAAAAGCUGUUUGAAUAUGCUAAGACUAAUUUGAAUAUUCUAAAAACAGUUUGAGUAUUUUAUAGUUUUUAAAUUCUCUGAAAACAUUUUAGAUAUUAACAGGCUGUUUGAACGUUGGAAAAACUAUUUGAAUAUUACUAAAAGUACUUGAAUAUUAAAAUCUGUGAAUAUUCCAAAAAAACUGUUUGAAUAUUCUAAAAGAUUUUGAAUAUCCAAAAAAACCCAGGAUCUUUAAAAAAAAAAACAUCUGAAUAUUCCAAAAACAUUUUGAAUAAUAAAAAACAAGGUGUAUAUUAAAAAAAUAUAUAUUUGAUUACUCUAAAUAUUUAAAUAUUCCAAAAAAAAAUUAAGAUCUACAAUCUGAAUAUUAUAAAAACAGUUUGAUUUAUUCUAUAGUUAAUUUGAAUAUUCUAAAAACAUUUUGAAUAUUACUAAAAGUUUGACUUAAAGUAUUUGGAUAUUAAAAUGAUCCAAAUACUUAAAUAUUAAAAUGUUAAUAUUCCAAAAAGCAGUUUGAAUAUUCUAAAGCAGUUUGAACAUUGAAAAAACUAUUUGAAUAUUCAAAAAAACAAAUUUGAAUAUUCAAAAAAAAAACAACAACAAAAAACAAGUUUGAAUAUUCAAAAAAAACAAGUUGAAGAAUCAACUUUAUACCAAAAUUUAAAAAAUUCAAAGCAAUCCUAAUAUUUCAAAAACUGCCUGAAUAUUUCAGUAAGCAGUGUUAAUAUUCCAGAAAACUUUGAAUAUUCCAAAAAAAAAAGUAUUCAAAAAACAGUUUGAGUAUUCUAUUGUUUAUUUGAAUAUUAAUGAGCUGUUUCAAAAGUUUAAAAUCCAUUUGAAUAUUAAAAGUUUGACUAUUCCGAAAAACAAUUUGAAUAUUCAAAACCAAAUAGAAGUAAUUGAGAUGAAAAAAAAAAAAACAAUCUGAAUAUUCCAAAAACUUUUGGAAAAUAGUAAAUAUUAAAAUAGCAGUUAGAAUGUUUCAAAAAAGAAAAUAUUUGAGUAUUACUAAGUGACUAUUCAAAAAAACAAGUUGAAUAUUAACAUCUGUUAAUAUUCUAAACGCAAGCUUAAUAUUCCGAAAACUGUUUGAAUAUUUCAUAAAAACUGCUUUUAAUAUUCUAAAAACAAUGUAAAACAUUUUUAAUAUUUUAUAAGAGCGGUCUUAAUUUGUUGAAACCAAUUUAAAUAUUCGAAAAACGGUCUGACUAUUUAAAAAGCUAUUUGAAUAUCGAAAUAAAACGUUAAUAUUAUAAAAAAAACAGUUUGAAUGUUCUAAAAACGAUCUUGAUAUUCCAAAAACUGCCUGAAUAUUCCAUAAACAGUUUGAAUAUGUAAACCAUUUGAAUGUUCAGAACAUGUUCCGUUUAUUUGAAUGUAUUGUUGAAUGCUAAAUUUGAUUGACCCUACAGAUUGAUCAGUUUAGCACUGAAUCUUCAUUCUGACCUUAAUCGACACACUUUUGCAAUAAGAUCACAUCACACGGGGAGAUUAACCAAAGAAAUGGACGAUGAAUGAAACCAAUUUGACCUUUUUUCUUGCUAGCAUUGCUUCUAGCAAAGCACUCCUACAAUACAAAAAGCCCAUAUUUUAGCUGUGGAAUCUAGCGGGUAACCUGCGUACAUCCACCCUGUUGAUUCUGUCGCAUUUUAAGUUUUACAGUUUGUUUGUUUCUUUUACUAUUAUUAAAAUGUUUCUCAGACAAUUAUGCAUGCUGCAAAUAUUUUUAUACAAAUAAAUUGAUCUGUGAGUUGACCUCUGAGCGCUAGGGAUGGUUUGUCAAUUUUCACGACGGCUGCAUUACUAUGCAGUUUGGUUUUUAGCUAUAAUCGUAUAUAUAUUUUUGAUAGGUUUUUUCCUCAGGAUUUUUAAAAACCCUAGUGCGCAACCUACAUUUUAAAACCAUUUGUGAAUAUAUUCGGGUGCAGCGUGUACAAACAAACAACACAAAUUGGACUGGGAAACAUUUUGUUUUGUUUUUAAGGUUAUGCAGUGCGGAACUAUUUUCUUAUUGUAAUGGGGUUAUCGUAAUCUUCAUGUUUACUUAUUAGGAGUUUACUUCUGAAGGCUUUGAGAACGGAUUGCCUCAUAGUUUAUCAAUUGGGUCAAAUUUAAGCAAAUUUAGCUUGUAUUUGUGUACAUUUGUUACUUAGCUUCUGGCUAAUAAAAUCUAUCUUUAAGCUUUAUUUUUAAAACUUCAUGGGAGUUUCUUAUGCCAAACACUCCAUCUGUGAAUUAUUCCUACUCUCGAAUUCAUCUAUUUAGUUGCGAACACUGUUUUCGUGAGGAAAUCAUCUUCCUUGUUCUGUCAGGUUUUAUUAGACCAGAGCUGUGACUAAUGUAACAGAUAUAUUGGUAUAUCUGAUGACAGAUGAUCAAUAAUCUACUGUAAAGUAUCAAUUCUGCCAUCAGAAAGCAGAGAAAUGUGAUUCAAGGCUGCCGCUGUUGAGCCGUAAAUUGUGAACUCUGAAUAAAUGUGUUAUGUGGGUAAAAGUGAGGACUUUUUGAAGGGCUACAGGAGAAGGGCGCAUGCCAAAAGUGUCUCAUUGUGAUUGUUUUACUUUCGAUUUGUCUUUUUUUUGUAUGCAAUAUCCAAUAAAUGUUUUACAUAUUA